AUGGAGGCUGUGAGAAGCCCAGCAUUGACUAUUUCAUUCUGUCCUGAACAUGCCACCAAUUGUAAUGAUACAAGUUGCUUGAUGCCAAUUGAUGAUUUUAACAAGUUUUUGAGCUUCAUUUUAAGUACUGUGCUGACAAUCCUCUUGGCUUUGGUUAUGUUUUCCAUGGGUUGCACUGUUGAAGCAAAGAAACUUUGGGGACAUAUUAAGAAACCAUGGGGUAUAUGUGUGGGCUUUCUUUGUCAGUUUGGUAUAAUGCCCCUCACAGCCUUUGCACUGUCAACAGCCUUCAACAUUCACCCUGUUCAAGCAGUUGCUGUGUUAAUAAUGGGAUGCUGUCCUGGUGGAACAGGUUCAAACAUUAUGUCCUACUGGAUGGACGGAGACAUGGAUCUUAGUAUAAGCAUGACAACGUGCUCCACAGUACUGGGGAUGGGAAUGAUGCCUCUUUGCCUCUUCCUCUACACAAGAACUUGGGUUGACUCAGAUAUGAUCCAGAUCCCUUAUGACAGCAUAGGUAUUACCCUGGCAAGUCUCCUAAUUCCUGUUGCUGUUGGAAUUUAUGUGAACUACAGGUGGCCAAAGAAGGCCAAAAUAAUAUUGAAGAUUGGCUCUAUUACUGGAAUAUUCCUCAUAGUCGGUAUAGCUGUGGCUGGUGCCUUGCUGUAUAGAGGAUCCUGGGUAACAUCUCCUUCCCUGUGGAUCAUUGGAACAAUCUAUCCAGCUAUUGGUUAUGCACUAGGAUUUAUUUUGGCUCGUAUUGCUGGUUUGCCUUGGUUUAGAUGUCGUACUGUGGCAUUGGAAACUGGUGCACAGAACACUCAGCUCUGCACAACCAUAGUCCAGCUCUCCUUUUCACCUGAGCAACUUGUGCUUAUGUUCACCUUUCCACUCAUCUACAGCGUUUUCCAAAUAUUGUUUGCGGCUAUAAUGAUUGGAGCUUAUCAAUUCUACAAAUGGCAUGGCAAGAGAACCAGAGGCGACUGUGAUGGACAAGAUGAAGAAAACAUUGUCACACCCUCUACAUUUACAAAUGGAGGAUUUCAAACAGAUGAAAAACUACCCAAUGGGGACUCCCAAAUAGAAGGGAAAUUACUCAAUGGCAUCUUGAAGGGAGGGCCCCCAACAGAAGAAAAGUCACCAAGUGAUGGCUUGGACAUAGAUACCAACCUGUAA